UUUUACGUUGGGUUUGGGAUGGAAACUGGCAAUCAAAUCUGGCAACCCUGGCCGGGUCCAUGUUGCAGGGUAAAGGUAGUAACGACUGUAGCAGGCAAGCUAACAUCUGGGUACAGCUCAGAAGUACAAGACCGUAAUGGAUUUAAAAGAACAGAUCAGUCAGCUUGAAGCAGACUUGCAGGAGUUAAGCUCGCUUUUGGAGAAGGCAGAAAGGAAAAGGGUACAGGAACUGUUAAAGCAGGAACAAACGAAGGUAGAGAAAGAACUAGCAACCAAACGACAACAGCAGGAGCAGCAGGCUAGGCGAGAGGCAGACCCAUCUGCAGCAUCUAAAGCAGCGUACACCGUGAAGAUCACCAACUAUGCAUGGGACCAGUCCGAGAAGUUUGUGAAAAUCUACCUGGAUUUGAAAGACGUGCACAAACUUUCAGCAGAAAGCGUAGAAGUGAACUUCACAGAAAGGUCAUUUUCUGUGCUGAUAAAGGACCUAAAUGGCAAAAACCAUCAGAUGACUGUUCUUAACCUGUUGCAUGCAAUUGAUGACAAGAACAGCGAGAAAAAGGUCAAAACAGACAUGGUGUUGGUCAUGUUAAAAAAGCAGACAACAAAGAAGUGGGAGUGCCUUACAGCAGUGGAGAAACGGUCAAAAGAGAAGGAAAAACCCUCUAUGGACGAGAACGCAGACCCCAGCGAGGGUCUCAUGAGCGUGUUGAAGAAGAUUUACGAUGAUGGAGAUGAUGAGAUGAAGAGAACUAUCAACAAAGCCUGGACAGAGUCUCAAGACAAGAAGAAAAAAGGGGAAGAUAUGAUGGACUUCUAAAUGUUCCUCCCUUUUUUUUUAUACAUAGUGACCAAAUGAGAGCUUUCAAAGUUCAAGCGUGCAUGAGCUAAAUUUAAAAAAGUAGAGCUCGUCAUUUGAGAAUAUUGUAUGGUCCUUCAAAAAAAUGAUUUUGGUUUUGUAUAAUUUAAGGUUAGUCAUUGGCUGUAAUGAAUAGGUAUCAGUAGAUUGAAAAGAAAAUGUCCCGUCCAGCAGAUGGCGCCCGUUACACAGUGAUAUAUGACUGCUUGCUUAAGAUUCCAGCACUUAAGGAGUAAGUUGUGGGUGCUGUAGUCUUUACUUACAUUUGGUGGCUGAUAUGUUUGUAACAGUGCCAAAGUCAUACCUCAGUUUUCCUAGAAAUAAAGUAAUCCAGAAGGUCAAGAAAUAAAAAACAGAUUUAAUGUUUCAUUUCAUAAAUCAUAAAUAAUAUCUGUGAAGGCAUAACUCUUCUUUUAGAUUGUUAUAGUCACCUUAUUUGAAAUGAAAACCAAUGUGUAAUUCCUUAUUUGAUCUUUUAUAUUUUAUUCUUGUUGGACAGUUUUUCUUACAUGUGUAAUGUAGGACUGUUGUCAUUGUGUUCACUCUCCCAAACUACAGCUAUUGUGAAACUGUUCCGCUUAGUUUUGGACUCGCCAUACUGUUUUGUUUUUUUGUAUGUGUUUUUUUUUUUUUUUCUGCCAUCAUAUUGGUCAUAACAUUCAACAAAGAUAACACUUUAACCCA